AUGGGCCGGCGAAUCUGGCUCAUGGUGGCGCCAGACGCCGGCAAAGACGACGAUGGCCGCGACAACUUUAACUCACGAGGUCAAUACGUCCUUUGCGCCAUUGGCGGUGCAGUCGGUCUCGGUAACCUGCUUCGCUUCCCCUCGGUCGUCUUCAACAACCACGGUCUCCAAUUCUUCGUCCCAUACUUCAUCGCCCUGUUCUUCAUCGGUAUCCCCAUCCUGACACUCGAGGUCGUCAUCGGACAAGCCUACCGUGCUGGCUGUGUCGGCGCGUGGAACAGCGUCAGCCAUCGCGCCAAGGGCGUUGGUCUGUCUAUGGUCUUCAACGGAUACACGGUCGUGACCUACUACGUCGCCAUCUUGGCGUGGGCCAUGGUUUACUUCCGCCACUCCUUCACGAGCCCGCUGCCAUGGUCAGACAUGAACGCGCCCGAUUUCUUCCUCAACAACGUUGUCAAAAACCCAUCACCCAUUGGCGACAAGACACAAGAGAUGAUCUCCUACCCCGGCACUGGCGUCGUCGGUGAGACGCUCGGAUGGGCCAUUUUCACUUGGUUCGUCUGCUGGCUUUGUACAUUCAAGGGUGUUGGCCUGACUGGACGCGCCAUCUACGUGACCAUGGCACUGCCCCUGGUCAUGAUCGCCCUGCUGGCUAUUCGGUCAUUGUCUUUGCCUAAUGCCUCGGAUGGCUUCAAGCUCUACUUGGGUGUUUGGCGCACCGAAUCCAUCAGUGGUCCCCAAGUCUGGCAGGACUCCUUUGGUCAGAUGUUCUUCUCCAUCGGUGUCGGUUUCGGAUAUUUCGUCUCGUACGCGUCGUACGCCUCCAAGCACUCCAACGCCGUCCAGGAUGCGUUUAUCAUUGCCCUGAGCAACUCCGCCAUCGAAAUCAUCUCUGCGCUCGCGGUCAUGGGUGUUGUUGGAUUCCUGGGCCUGACGCCUUCCCCAGACGAGCGUCUCUCCACCUUUAGCUCUGGGUUCUUCACCUACCCGACCGCUCUCGCUGAGAUGCCUGGUUCCAACUUCUUCUCCGUCAUUUUCUUCCUCACACUGUGGCUUCUCGGUGUCACAUGCGUCUUCGCACUGUUCGAAGUCAUGACGACCAUGGUCUGCGACUCUGACUGGGGCAAGAAGUGGCCACGCUGGGCCAUUGUCAGCGUCGUCGCCCUCGUAUCGUUCUUGAUCUCCAUCGUUUACACGAGCGAGGUAGGCUUCAACCUGUUGGAUGCUGUCGACACGUUUGUGAACGACAUUGCACUGUUCUUCACCGUCUUCACCGAGUGUUACUUUGUGACGACCCUCUACCGAUGGAGGGAUCCUGUCGAUCAGAUUGGUCCCAUCGGAUACUGGACCUACAACGGCGGUUAUCUACUCUCCAACUUCGUUGGCCUGCUCAUUGGCCACCUUGUCAGUCCCGCCGCAGGUGCUGGUGCCGGCUUUGGUCUUUUCAUCGUCAGCGCCAUCGCCAGUGUGCUGCUCAGCAGGACGCCCACUGUCACCGCUCCUCGCUUUUUCGCCAAGAACGCUUUCCUGAGCCGUUUCUGGUACGCCGCCUUUUACUGUGGCAACCAAUUCCGCCGCGACAUCAACCACGCCGUCCUCACAGGCAAGAACUGGAAGCUCCACUGGGCAUGGCCUGUCCUCCUCAAGUACAUCACGGGUCCCGCCGUCCUGUUGGUCUGGACGUUUGCGUACCCCAAGUUCAUUGACAACAACCACUACAAUGACCCGCCCUUCCUGUACUCCUUCAUCAUCAUGCACCUUGUUGUUAUCUUCAUUGUCACGUUCUUCAUCUUCCCCAGAUGGUUGAACUUCCUCAUCCCAGAGACAAGAAGGGGUGAUGGCAAGUUUUCGGUCAUGCCCCAGGUUGCCAUUGGAGAGACACCUAUUGUCUCGCGCAACGACGAGGAGGGCUUCGAAGACAGGAGCAGCGCCAGCGGUGGUGUGACUGGCAUGCACGCCUCGGGCAUGACCCAGGAGAAGAGCGCGGUCUACUAA